AUGGAGAUGAAGCUGGAUCCCGCUAAGGAUGACCUACCCCUAAUGGCCAACACAUGCCACAUGCUCGUAAAGCAUUAUGUAUUGGACUUAGAUGUGGAUUUUAAAAGCCAAGUUAUUGAAGGCACCGUAGUUCUCUUUUUUGAGCCUGGGAGCAGUUGCAAAAAAGGAGGCAGUGCUGGGGAAGGAGCCUGCCUUUCACAGUCAGAUGAAACAUGCAAAAUUAGGGCAUCUGAACCUUGUCAUAGUUCUGUGACAAAUGUAAGUGCCCGCUCAUCUAAAACAGGAUAUAAUGAUUUUGCAGUCUGUGCUAAAGGUGAAAAAGAUACUUCUGAUAAAAAUGGUAACCAUAGCAACGGGGAACAGACUUCUGGGAUUUCUAGUUCAAAGAACUGCUGUGACAUAGAGAAUCAUGGGAGUGAAGAUUUUUUGCUGGUAUUGGACUGCUGUGAUUUAUCUGUGUUAAAGGUCGAGGAGGUAGAUGUUACUGCUGUGCCAGGUAUUGAAAAAUUUACAAGGUCUGCCAAGCUAACUGAUGCUGAAGAGCUGAGAAAUCUUAGGAAUCAGAUUGUACAUGAACUUGUGAUUUUACCUGCGGAUCGUUGGAGGGAACAGCUAUACUAUUACACCCGCUGCAGCCAGGCGCCUGGUUGUGGAGAGCUUCUGUUUUCCACUGGCACUUGGAGCUUGAUGAUAAGGAAAGCAGAGGUUCAAGCACCAAGAGACUUUCCUCGUGCAAUAAGGAUAUGGUACAAAACAAAGCCAGAGGGAAGAUCAGUUACAUGGACCACAGACCAGAGUAGCAGGCCAUGUGUUUAUACGAUGGGAUCUCCAAUAAACAACAGGGCCCUUUUUCCAUGUCAGGAGCCACCGGUUGCCAUGUCAACAUGGCAAACCACAGUCCGAACAGCUUCUUGCUUUGUUGUCUUAAUGAGUGGUGAAAAUUCUGCAGAACCAGCACAACUUCAAGAAGGUCUCUUAAGUUGGUACUAUUAUGUGACCAUGCCCAUGCCAGCAUCCACCUUUACUAUUGCUAUUGGGUGUUGGACAGAAGUUAAACAGGAAUCCCACACAGCUGACGGCCGGACAAAUAACGAGUUUUCCUCUCUGUUUUCAAGGGCCGAUCUCAGGUUGAUUGAAGGGAGCUGUGGUCAUGUGGCGUAUCCUUGCCGUUUCCAAAAUCCUGCUGCCAGUUCUCAGCUAGUCAUUCCUCAUCGAGUCUUUGCUCCAUGGUGCCUUAAGGAUCGCUGUGCAGAGAUCCUUCUUGAGCUGAUUCCUCAGUGCCUCUCAGCUGCUCAUGCUACACUUGGUACCCACCCCUUUUCCAGGCUUGAUGUGUUGAUAGUCCCUUCCAACUUUUCCAGUCUGGGAAUGGCCAGCCCACACAUCAUCUUCCUGUCACAGAGCGUAUUAACUGGAGGGAGCCAUCUCUGUGGAACACGUCUGUGCCAUGAAAUUGCUCAUGCUUGGUUUGGAUUGGCCAUUGGUGCUCGUGAUUGGACUGAAGAAUGGAUAAGUGAAGGGUUUGCUACUUACUUGGAAGAUGUAUUUUGGGCAGUAGCACAACAGCUGCCACAUGACGAAGCAAGAGAGCAGCAGGAGUUGAAAGCUUUGCUGCGCUGGCGACGGCUCAGAGACGAGGUGCAGAACUCUGAAGAAGAGCUGCAGGUAUUAAGGCCAAACAAAGAGAACACAGGAGAAGUGAGUGAGUCUGGAACAUGCAUAAUCAAACACGGUCUUAAUGCAGAAAAAAUCUUCAUGCAGGUUCAUUACUUGAAGGGCUAUUUCCUUCUGCAAUCUCUAGCCAAGAGAAUUGGAGAGGCUACAUAUUUUGAAUUUUUAAGAAAGUUUGUGCAGAAAUUUCAUGGACAACUGAUCCUUUCUCAGGAUUUUCUUUACAUGCUGCUGGAGGACAUCCCAGAACAAAAAGGGUACGGGCUAUCUGUUGAAAAUAUCAUCCGGGCCUGGCUUGACACUUCUGGAAUACCAAAGCUUCUCCCAGACCAGCUGGUCUUACUUCUGGAAUCUCUGUUGGAGGAGAAGACUUUAUGUCUCAGAACUCUGCAGUGCUUAGAGAAAACAUACCACCUUGAUGAGCAGGAUGCAGAGGUUCGACAUCGAUGGUGUGAGCUUGUUGUUAAACACAAAUAUACAACAAGAUAUGCUGACAUUGAGAAAUUCCUCAAGGAAGAUCAGGCUAUGGGUGUUUACCUGUAUGGAGAAUUAAUGGUGAAUGAAGAUGCAAAACAACAGGAACUUGCCUAUAAAUGCUUUGCUGCAACACAAAAACAAAUGGAUGUGUCCUCAGCCAAAGUGGUGGCAGAGAUGUUAUUCUGA